GAAGCUCUUCUUCCUCUACUAUCUUUCAGAGCGGUGGUGGAGGCAGUUCACAGACUGGACCUCAUUCUUGGUAACAAGGCAGCUUAUCAAGAAGUGUUCAAGCCGGAGAACAUCAGCUUGAGAAACAAGUUGCGAGAACUCUGUGUGAAGCUGAUGUUCCUGCAUCCGGUAGAAUAUGGGAGGAAAGCGGAAGAACUGCUCUGGAGAAAAGUUUACUAUGAAGUUAUCCAGCUCAUCAAAACCAAUAAAAAGCACAUUCACAGUCGCAGCACCCUGGAGUGUGCAUACCGGACUCAUCUAAUCGCUGGCAUAGGAUUUUACCAACACCUUCUUCUCUACAUUCAGUCUCACUAUCAGCUGGAGCUGCAGUGCUGUAUUGAUUGGACUCACGUAACCGACCCCUUGAUAGGCUGCAAGAAACCCGUGUCUGCCUCAGAGAAGGAGAUGGAGUGGGCACAGAUGGCAUGUCACAGAUGUCUGGUUUAUCUGGGAGAUUUAGCUCGCUAUCAGAAUGAGCUGGCAGGUGUGGACACAGAACUGCUUGCUGAGAGGUUUUACUAUCAGGCCCUUUCCGUUGCCCCACAAAUUGGCAUGCCUUUCAACCAACUGGGUACACUGGCAGGGAGUAAAUAUUACAACGUGGAGGCUACCUAUUGCUACUUACGCUGCAUCCAGUCUGAAGUGUCCUUCGAAGGGGCCUAUGGGAACCUGAAGCGGCUGUAUGACAAGGCAGCCAAAAUGUACCAUCAACUGAAGAAAUGUGAGACCAGGAAACUGUCUCCAAGCAAAAAACGAUGCAAAGAUAUAAAAAGACUGCUGGUGAGCUUUAUGUACCUACAGAGUCUUCUGCAGCCCAAAAGCAGCUCUGUGGAUUCCGAGCUGACAUCUCUUUGCCAAUCGGUGCUGGAGGAUUUCAACCUUUGCUUGUUCUACCUGCCGUCUCCCCCCAACCUGAGCUCAGCUAGUGAAGAUGAAGAGGAAUAUGAGAGCGGGUACUCCUUCCUUCCUGACCUGCUCAUCUUCCGCAUGGUUAUCGUCUGCCUUAUGAGUGUGCACAGCCUCAAGAGGGCAGGUUCAAAGCAGUACAGUGCAGCCAUCGCAUUCACACUGGCCCUCUUUUCUCAUCUGAUCAAUCACGUGAAUAUUCGUCUGCAAGCAGAGCUGGAGGAAGGGGAGAAUCCAGUCCCGGCCUUCCAGAGCGACGGCACAGAUGACCAAGAGCCUCGGGAGCCUGUGAACUCCAUUGAGAAGGAAGCAGAAGCUGACUUAGCCAACCAUCAGCCCAGCGCCGAGCAACAGAAGAAUGACGGCAAGAAAGGCAAGAAGUACUCACGCCUCUCCUGCCUGCGGCGUCGGCGCCACCCCCAGAAGGUGGAUGAGAGCGACCUGAGUGAAGGCUUUGACUCGGACUCCAGCCAUGACUCUGCCAAGGGCAGCGAUGGCUCUGAGAGCGGCUCGGAGAAGAGUGACGAGGACGCAGAGGCUGCUUUUGAUGUAGAAACGGACUCGGACAUGAACAGCCAGGAGUCCCGCUCAGACCUGGAGGACAUGGAGGAUGAGCCGGGUGAGGAUGGAGGGAGCCGCACCAGGAGCGCAAAAAGCAGGGCCAAGGAGGCUGUAAAAAACUACGUGGAGGGGAGUGGGCUGGGGGACUCUAAAAACCCAGGUAACCCCAAGACUGAGAACCCUGACCCUGCUGCCAACGGGCCAGGGUCUGUGGGCACAAACGAGGCAAGCAUAGCCAGCAACCUGCAGGCCAUGUCCACCCAGCUGUUCCAGACCAAACGCUGCUUCCGCCUGGCUCCCACCUUCAGCAACGUCCUCCUGAAGCCGACCAGUGGAACAACCUCAUUGAAGGAGGGAGUGGGCAGCAAGCCCUGCAUCAACGGAGAUGUGAACAAGCCCAGCUUGGUUGAGCAAGAUGACACAUCUGACUCGGAGGAAAGCGUCACCAGUAACAAAUCCUGCAGGAACGAGAAGUCACUUGAGGAGAAGCUGGAGAUCCUCACCAACGAGGGAUUGCUUCCUACUGUCAAGGUGUUCCUGGACUGGCUGCGAACAAACACCGACCUCAUCAUCAUGUGUGCCCAGAGCUCCCAAAGUCUAUGGAACAGGCUGUCUGUGCUCUUGAACCUCCUGCCUUCUGCUGCACAACUGCAAGAACCAGGGCUGGCCCUGUGUAAUGAGGUUAAGGACUUGCUGAGUGGCUCUGAGCUCCCAGACCUGAGCACCCACUUGCUGCUCCCAGAGGAUGUGGCCCUUCGCAACCUACCCCCUCUGAAGAAUGCACACAAAAGGUUUAACUUUGAGCAGGACAGACCCUUCCUCUCGCCGGUGGAGGAGUCCGUGGUUCGGAUUUGCUGCGUCCGGAGUUUCGGCCACUUCAUCACCCGCUUGCAAGGCAGCAUCCUGCAAUUCAACUCGGAGCUCGGGAUCUUCAUUAGCAUUGCCCAGUCAGAGCAGGAUAACUUGCUGCACCAAGCUGAGGCCCAGUUCCACAUGGCUGCUGAGGAAGCUCGUCGGAACAGAUUAAUGAGAGACAUGGCUCAGCUACGACUGCAGCUGGAGGUUUCUCAGCUGGAGGGGAGUCUGCAGCAGCCCAAAGCUCAGUCUGCCAUGUCCCCUUAUCUCGUCCCAGACACCCAGGCUCUCUGCCAGCACCUUGGCAUCAUCAGGCAGUUAGCCAACAGUGGGCGGUUCAUCCUCAUCAUCCCUCGAACAGUGAUUGAUGGCUUGGACUUCCUGAAAAAGGAGAAUGCGGGUGCGCGAGACAGCAUCCGGUAUUUGGAGGCUGAAUUUAAAAAGGGAAACAGGUACAUUCGCUGUCAAAAAGAUGCUGGGAAAAGCUUUGAGAGGCAUAAAUUGAAGAGACAGGAUUUAGAUGCCUGGAAUCUCUAUAAAAUAUUGGAUAGCUGCAAACAGCUGACAGUGUCACAGGGGAAUGGAGAGGAUGACACCACAGGGAUGGUGACCAUCAUAACUGGCUUUCAGCUGGACGACCCCAACACCUUCUCUUCUCCAAUGCAGUCUGCUUUCCAGGCAGCAGCCAACGCCAGCGUGGAGAUCAAGAACGUGCUGGAGUUCUACAAGCAGUGGAAGGAGAUGGGUUGACAGGCCAGAGAGCGUGGCGUUGGUGUACCUUUCUCUCCCCCUCUCGGAAAGCACCGUGUCUGAACGAAGGGAGCUAAAUCCCGGCGACGCAGACACGAAGCAGCAGCAGCCGCCGCCGCAGCAGCAGCAACCAUAACCAAACCAACUGAACCGAACCCCGCCCCCCCUCCAAAUCCAGCUCUGGGCACUCUCGCAAAACACCCGCUAGCUGCCCCCCCAUCUGAGCAGAUGACUGCUCGCCCCCCCUUGCAGCGCCGACUGCUCUGAGAACAGGGGGGCACCUCGGGUGCAGCCUGGAGAGGGCUGCCCUUCUUGUGGGCAGGGACGGGUGAGAGAUGGGCUGCUGUCCAUCCCCACCCUCUCAAAGCUUGCUCGGGCAUCUGAAAUGGGCAGGCAGCUUCUCCUCUGUAACUAUUUAAAAUGACAAAGAAAGCCCCAACACAGCAGGGAAGGAAAAGCUCCUGGGUUGGAGCCCUCGCUCUGUUGGGAACCUGGUGUAGGAAAGCGAAGGUCAUCUUGCUUUUUUUUUUUUAAUUAUUUUUCCUUAUUUUUUUUUUCCCCCCUCCUCCCCUUUUAAAUUCUUAGUUUCUCGCUAUUACAAAUCCAGUGGAGUUCCUUUUGGCAGUUCUAAACACUUGUCACACCUUAACGAGAAAAAGGAAACGAUGAUGCU